AUGCCUGGUGAUGUCGUCACAACCAUCAUCACCUAUUUUCUGUCCCCGGAAAAACCAGCAAACGGCACCACUUCGGAACAGAACUCCUCAAGCAACGCCACUGCGAUUCAUCCUAUAAUCGCAGGUCCCUCAGCAAGCGUCGGGGUGCCGCAGUACGUUGCCGUCAAUACGGCUGUGCCCUCCGUAACAUCGACAUCGGGGUCAAAAGCCUCUACCCCUACGCUAUCGUCAUCGUCUUCGCCCCCUGGCAGCAAGGGCCCCUCCGGCAAAUGCGGAUCCGGACAGCCCGUCAUCAUGGUCAAGAAUGACUCCAAGGAUCCCGUCUGCUACAUGGUGGAGCUCAACCCUGAGACCAAAUCUCAGGAUCUCGAUGUAGCAUGCGGGCCCGGCAACGGCAUCCGGAUACUCGCAAACCAAGAGUCGGAGUUCUGCCCGGGGGACAACUUCGUCGGCGCCCUCACCGCAUUUCAUGACAACGGCAAGGAACGUGGAUCCCGAUUUGAGAUGAACUUCGCCGAUGCCGGCAAGACAUUCUUUGACGUGGACUAUGAGUUGGGCAUGGACGCGUCGACGCUGGGACCCUUUGGCGACAAAAAGGUGCAGGGACAUCGGGAUUUGGCUGGGAAAGUCGACGAGGCUUACCAGCAGUCGGAAAAGAAGGCGGAGUUACAGGCGACGGGUCUGCUCAAUGUGGAUGGGUCUGGCAAGGUUGUGGAAGCGAAGAUGGCCCCAGGUGCGCCAAGCUCGUAUGUCCACUUCUUGCAGGUCGAGGCUGGGCUGCAAGGCUAUGUGGUACCCGGAAGCGUCACUGGGGAUCAGAACCAGCAAGGGGCAGCGGCUGGAUUGGACGCCAUGGGGAUGGCGGAUGAUUUCAGCUGGAGCACGGAGAAACGGACGCUCAUGAUCACCACUUACUAG